AUGUCGUCGGGUACUGUUCACUUCCCCGCCAUUCUUGUAACCGUCACCUGUAAUCCGCGCAAGUGUGUCCGCACCCCCCUGAGUGGACGAGAAAGAAAGGAUUUCUCAGAGCAACCCCCGGAGUCAACUUUCCCGUAUGAGCAUUCGAUAGGUCGUCUGAGGGUUCGCCGCGGUUCAUUGCUGUGCUUACACACUAGGCUACCCUUCUCCGAAAGCUCCGCGUGACCACCUACCACUAGUCUUCAGCCGGAAGGGUUUAUUGCACAAACGCCGGGACGCAGGCUCCCGAAGAGGGAAGCCCAACGAAUGUCAGAUGCAAAGCCCCGCACCUCAUUAAGAUCAUAUUGGCAUACUCUCCCAAAAAAAAAAGAGCAGACCCCAUUGAAGACGAGAGUGAGGUACAACAAGGCCAUUUCUGUCCACCGCCCUUCUCACGGAACCGUACGUGGACGUUACCGCUCAUACAGCUCCCAGCCAGCAAGAGUUAGCCUUCCUCUACAAAGAAUGGAAGUGUGGAUGAAUCGACAUCAAAUAGAGGAAUUUGGGUUUUCUUUUCAGCAUUCCAUGGUGGAUCAGGACGAGAAUGAAUCCGGGAAUCCAGGACAUACUCAUCCUGGAGCUUCUGCUCUCCUCUGGGGAGGGAUUUUUAUAGAUAGAGAGGUGAGUCGAGGGUAG